AUGGCCGCUCCUACUGAUGCUACUGCUGCUCCCACCCGCUCAAAGCUUACUCUCAAAGGUUCCGCCAAGCUCGUGAGCGAGUUCUUCGAAUUCACGAUCAACUCAAUUCUCUACCAACGCGGAAUCUACCCUCCAGAGGACUUCAAGGCCGUAAAGAAGUAUGGCCUGACAAUGAUGGUCACGGAUGAUGAGGAUGUCAAGGCGUAUAUCAAGAAGAUCAUGGGGCAAUUACACAAAUGGGUCACGGGCGGUAAGAUCACAAAGUUGAUCGUCGCCGUAACAUCAAAAGAAACCGCGGAAACCGUCGAACGAUGGCAAUUCGCCCUCGAAAUUAACAACAAGAACCCUGUCGCACCUACAACACCAUCAAAAGCUGGAUCUGCACCACCAGCAGCCGACAAACCGGAAGCUGAGAUCACGAAAGAAAUCCAAGCACUCAUCCGCCAGAUCACAGCCUCGGUGACAUUCCUCCCACAACUAGAAGGACUAUGUACAUUCAACGUGCUCGUCUACGCAGAUAACGAUAGCGAGGUACCGGCGGAAUGGGUGGAUAGUGAUGCGAAGGAGGUCGUGGGUGCGGAGGCGGUGCAGAUGAGGAGUUUUUCGACGAAAUAUCAUGCUGUCAGUACGUUGGUCGAGUACAAGAUGCCGGGGGAGGAAUAG